GGAUUUUUCCCCUUCUUGCUCCACCUGUAUCUCUCGACGCUGUCGUGUUUCUCCGCCUUUUUAUUUUUCGUCUUUUCCUGUAUCUGGCAUCCGUUCAGUCUUCCGACCCUCCGAACAAUUGCUUUUCUCCUUUUCUCCCACCCUCCAGUGUGUCCCGUAGCUGGCGCUGCCCGUUCAGCGUAUUUGCCUACGCUCCUCUUUCAUGUGUCUCUCCUCGGUUGUUUCCUGUCCUUUCUCACCGUCCGUCUCCAUUUUUCUCGGCCUCUUCCCUUUCCUUUGGGCUCCUUCCCUGUGCAGCUCUUGCCUGGUGCCACCCCUCGUCGGCGCCCGCCUCCUGAACUCCGCAAUUUCGCUUCCUUCUGCUUGUCUCUCUGUGUGCCGCUACGGUGAAAUUUCGAUGGCUUUUCCUUUGUGUAUUUUGUCCGCCUCUCGAACUUUUUUUCCUGGACUUUCUAGAAACGAUGGCGGACGAAGACACGGGGUGGGACGUGAGGAAGCGAAGGCGAGACAAGGAAACAUGGUCGAAGUGUCGAAUUUGCAUGUCGUCUUCGCUCUCUCGUGCUCCACCAUCCUCACGUCCUUCACCCCAUGAAGGCACCAGAGCUCUGAGGUCCUUCCCGCACUCUCUUCACAGAAAAGCAGAUGCUCUCCGUCCCUGCAGCUCGUCCGUGUGUGUUGUCGUGUCUCCUGUUCAGAAUGUAAAUCACACUCUGUCUUCUCUGCGGAACUUUUCCAGACAUUCUUCCGCUUCCCGUCUGCCUUCUUGCUCAACGAUGUCCUCUCCACUAUCUUUGUUUGCUCCUUCACCCCCCUGCUGUGAUUCGCUUUUGCAGUUGGCUUCCCUUCCGGCUCCCCCGCCCUCGUCCCUUACUUCCCCCAACUGCACACCCUCAUAUUCUUCCUGUCAUCCAUUUUCUUCCUUGUCUCCCGUGCGAGUCGCGGGAGCUGUCAGUUGUUCAAUAUUACCCUCUUUCUCUUCUCCCGCCUCUGGACUGCUGCCGGCACACACUCCGUCUGUCGCUUCCACGAACUUCGCAACUAAGCUGUCUUCGUUUUUCUCUCGCAGGCUGGUCUCCUCCUGUUCUUCUUCCACUUGCGUCGCGUCGAAGAAACGUUUCCUUUUGAGGCGAACUGCCUCUGUUAAGGCGAGACGCGCCUGUCUGGCUUCCCUGUCUCCUGCAGCGGCCUCGAGUGUAUCUCCUUGUCCAGUUUUUCCCCCUCUGGUGGCUUUCCCAGUCUUCCUGUUUUUCUUGUUGUGGCUUUUCUCUUCCCGUUUCUCCUGCGCGGAGGCUCUCCGGAUUGGGCGCCUAGGAAACGGGCAUCGUCCGCCUGGCGCGUUCGAGUGUUCGCCCUGCUUUGUCAGUUCCACUUCGCCCGCACAUCACUUGUCUUCUCUCUCCGAACCUUUCUCGUUGUCUUCCCUUUCUUCCUCUGCGUCGCCUGCGUCGCCGUCGGCUUCUCCGCCUUCGUCGCCGGGUCCCCACGGCUCUUCGCUUGGCCCUAAAGUUCAGCUGGGCGCGCCCAAGUACCGGAAAAGAGCGGUCCGAGCAGGGAGACAGAAGACCCCCAAAUUUCCUUACUCUCCCAAGCACUCGAUCUUCUACGACUUCCCAGCUCCGCCUGCCGACCUGCCUCUGCCUCCUAGCGUCUUGAGCAGCUCCGCAACUCCGGAGAAGUCACCGUCCGUGGGGAGGGCCGAGGAAGGCGGAGCCUGUGACGCCGAGGGUUUGGCCGCAAACAGGUGGACGGCACCGCCGCCAAAUGCUUCUCAGGAUGCCGAUAACGCCGGCACAGACAAGUAUUUGCUGCGAGUUCCCCCAAUCGACCAGCGCGCGCGGCGCAUGCUCUGGAUCCACAGGCACUUGGGCCGGCGCGACGGGACCUUGAGCCCUGUCGAAGACGAGAUCACUGACCUUCUUCUCUCGCACAACGUCCCCGAAGAGACGACUCUGGAUCUCAACUCGCCGCUUGCCGCCUCGGGAGAGCGACGACCUUCCUCUGCUUCGUCGCCAGUCUCCCCCACGACCCCUUCAUCUCCCUACCUCGCUCACCUUCACCGACUGGCGUUUGCCGACACACUGGGGCUGACCGCGGCGGAGCUGACGCGCCUCAUCACGCUCUGCCCCGAGCUGCUCCUGCCCCGGCGCUUGGCUGCAUGCAGCGACUCCAUCGGGGUUCUGCUGACGGAGAAAAAGUGGCGACCCGAGGCAGUCAAGAGACUCCUGCUGCACGUACCGCGGGCGCUGACGGCGGGACCCAGGCACCUCGUCCGGUGGAUGGAGGAGUACCGAGAACUGUUUUUUCCGGGGAAUCCAGAGAUGGCGCAGCCGGAGGACGGGGCAAGAUCCGACAGAGACGAGGGAAAAGCCAACGCUGCGCAACGAGAGGAGGCAGACGCGUUCUUGGAAGCUGUGGUCCUCAAACACCCCACAGUCGUCAAUGUACGGCGACCGAAAAGCAAGCUCGUUCACUUCCUAAAGAUCCUCCGGCAGGUCAGGGCGACACGGAGCGAAUUCAAACCCACCGGGUGGUCGAUUUUGCCACUGGAGGAGAGAGCGAGAAUCGUUGCGUUUAUCGCGUCUGCUUCACCUGCGUUGAACGAAGCUGAACACAGCGACAAAAGAGAUCAGCCAUGCCUAUCAGGGCGAGAGCAGGCAAGCGAGGGGAGUGGCUUCUCCGACGAAUACAGGCGCGAACAAGCCGCAGACUUGGGCGCCCUCGAGCUCGAGUGGUAUCGGGGUCACUACGAGCGUCUGGACGAGUUUGAGGGGGAGAAGGUGGCGGAAGACUUGGCGAGCAAGAUUGACGGCGAGGGCGAAGAGGCGCGCGAAAAAAGGGAGACGAUCUUGCGGCCCUUGCGUGAGGACGCUGCGCGGAUGCGUGCGGCGAUGAACCGCGAGGAAGCGAGCGUGCAGAAGAUGUUCAGAGACUAUCCGCGCCUGUUUUCCUUUGGCAUGGAAGGCAGCGUCCGGUCGAAGCUGCUGUACCUGCAGAACUGCAUGCACAAGGAACUAGAGGAAGUCUUCCUCUUCCCGCAGUUCCUGUCCUACAGCCUCCGCCGGCGGAUCAUCCCGCGUCACAUCGCUCUCGUGAACGCGUUUCUCUUGCGCGAGAGGGCCAGGUUAAAGCGCGAUAAUCCCCUGUACGAAGAGGGAAAGACGCUGGAGAGAAGCCGGAAGAACUCGCAAACGCGGAAGCGCUGGGACGACCGUAUGCACGAAAGAACGAAGCUGAAGCUGCGUCUUGAGCACGGCAGAGGCCGCGUCGCGGAAGCUAAAGACGAAGGAUCCGUGUACGACGAAGAGUACUGGGAAAAGAAAGCUAUGCUCGAGGACCAGCUCGUGCCAGUCGUCGACGAACGGAAGGGGUGGAGAGGCCUAGAACCCUACCAACCGUUCGCCAUGCCGCACCUGCCUUCGCUCCGCGAAAUGUAUGCAACAAGCGACGAAAAAUUCAUGGAACUCUUCGACAUCCCGUACCCUGACUUCGUCAGCGCCAAAGUGGACGCCGAAAAAGUCAAAAAUCCGCAGACACUCUUCUAGAACGAGUAGGCGGAAGAAAGUGUGAAAAGCACCGAGGGGGACGCGGCCGCAGUGGAGCGGUCAAACACGCCACGAGGCAUGACACAAGAGAUGUUAGAAAUCCCUUGAGACAGGGGAGACUGUAAAGGAAGAGCGAGAGACAAAACGACGUCGAGUUACAGAACAGGGUUGCAACACCGAGUGUGCGAGAAGGCCGGGAGUACGACUGUAGUAAUGGCGAAAACAUCAGAAUGGAAAGUCGAAGAAAAGUGCUCUGCGUAGCAGUUUUUCUACACUCGAUUUCGUGCGAGACUAAGGCGACCUUCUCCGUCUCCGCAUCUUCUCAUAUUUACACCCUUUUGUCGGUGUGCUUGUCCACAAGCCCACUGAUGCAUCUGUCUCGCCG